AUGUCUUUCCAACUAGUACUAGGUUGCCUUUUACUAGUGUGUGUUAGCGUGAACGCGCACGAAAGUGACUUCUACUACGACACCGUUUCUGAUGACUUUACGUGGGGAUGCGCUACGUCGGCCUACCAGAUAGAAGGAGCGUGGAAUGCUGACGGAAAGACGCAGCAUAUUUGGGAUGCUUUCACUCACGAAAACGGAGGCGGAAACAUUAAAGAUCAUCAAAAUGGAGACGAUGCCUGCAAAAGUUACACAAAGUACAAAGAGGAUGUCAAGAGACUUAAAGAAAUUGGAGUGAACCAUUACCGAUUUUCAAUAUCAUGGAACCGUAUCUUGCCCAUCCCGACAAACAACAAUUCCAAUCCACUAGGUCUGAACUAUUAUAAAAGCUUGAUAUCCGAGUUGAAACAGAAUGGGAUUGAACCAAUGAUCACUAUGUUUCACUGGGAUCUGCCGCAACUCUUGGAAGACUAUGGAUCCUGGUCGAACGACUCCAUCAUAAACCAUUUCAAGGCGUAUGCUGAUGUACUAUUCAGAGAGUUGGGAAAUGAUGUAAAAUAUUGGAUGACUUUUAACGAACCCUUCGUCGUUAGUUGGGUAGGAUAUGGAACUGGCACAUUCGCCCCUGGAAUCAAAGAGCCUGCUACAAUGCCAUACCGUGUAUCCCACAAUAUUAUUAGAAGUCACACAGAGGUCUGGCAUCUUUACAAUGAUAAAUAUAGACAGCGACAAAAAGGUAAAGUUGGGAUAGCGAUUGAUAUUGACUUCAUGGUGCCUAAAGACCCCUCCAAUCCCAGCGACAUAGCAGCUGCAGAAAGACAACUGCAGUUUAUGGGUGGCUGGUACAUAAAUCCGUUACUAGGCAACGGUGAUUAUCCAGCUGUCAUGAAGACAUAUAUUGCUAGGAAAAGCCAAGAAGCCAGCCUAACAAAGUCGAGACUUCCCGAGUUUACAGACGCCGAGAAAGCACGAAAUAAAGGUUCUUCUGAUUUCCUUGGACUGAACCACUACACCACGAGGUUAGUCGAAAACAAAGACAAUGGAAUCAGCAACCCGGGUUAUGGAGGCGACUCUGACACGAAACAAUCUCUUGAUCCAGCAUGGCCGGGAACUGCGAGCUCCUUCCUGUACGUCUACCCACCCGGAAUACGUGGAAUACUGAAGUGGAUUAAGAAAACUUACAACAACCCUACAGUGAUCGUCACGGAGAAUGGGGUUGGAGACCACACUGGUACCUUAGAGGAUCAACCCAGAAUUGACUAUCUCAAGGCGUACAUAAACGAAGUCAUAAAAGCUAUAAAACUCGAUGGUUGUAAUGUUGUUGGCUACACCGUCUGGUCCAUCAUGGACAAUUUUGAAUGGCGUAGUGGUUUCACAGAAAAGUUUGGACUCAACUACAUAAAUUUCUCCGACCCAAACCGACCACGAAUUCCUAAGAAGUCUGCUUUAUUCUACAAAGAUGUUAUCUCAAAUCGAGGCUUUCCAAAAGUAUCUGGAGGAACGAGAAUUGUGUGCUCAACUUGGUGUGCCAUUUUGCUCUUCGCACACGUGCUUUUUCCAGGGGUGAUGGUACAAAAGUCACGCAUGUUGGGACCACGGAUAAUGAGAGGAAAUCCAUUUGCGCCAUUCCAUGUGUUUGUUAGAGUCAACGCGCACGUAAGUGACUUCUACUACGACACAGUUUCUGAUGACUUUACCUGGGGAUGCGCUACGUCGGCCUACCAGGUAGAAGGAGCGUGGGAUGCUGACGGAAAGACGCAGCAUAUUUGGGACGUUUUCAGUCAUAGAAACGGAGGAAAAAACAUUAAAGAUCAUCAAAAUGGAGACGAUUCCUGCAAAAGUUACACAAAGUACAAAGAGGAUGUCAAGAGACUUAAAGAAAUUGGAGUGAACCAUUACCGAUUUUCAAUAUCAUGGAACCGUAUUUUGCCCACCCCAACAAACUACAAACCCAAUCCACUAGGUCUGAACUAUUAUAAAAGUUUGAUAUCCGAGUUGAAACAGAAUGGGAUUGAACCAAUGAUCACUAUGUUUCACUGGGAUCUGCCGCAACUCUUGGAAGACUAUGGGUCCUGGGCGAACGACUCCAUCAUACACCAUUUCAAGGCGUAUGCUGAUGUACUAUUCAGAGAGUUGGGAAAUGAUGUAAAAUACUGGAUGACUUUUAACGAGCCCAUCGUCAUUAGUUGGAUAGGAUAUGGAACUGGCACAUUCGCCCCUGGAAUCAAAGAGCCUGCUACAAUGCCAUACCGUGUAUCCCACAAUAUUAUCAGAAGUCACACAGAGGUCUGGCAUCUCUACAAUGAUAAAUAUAGACAGCGACAAAAAGGUAAAGUUGGGUUAGCGAUAAGUAUUCACUUCAUGAUGCCUAAAGACCCCUCCAGUCCCAGCGACAUAGCUGCUGCAGAAAGACAACUGCAGUUUAUGGCUGGCUGGUACAUCAAUCCGUUACUAGGCAACGGUGACUAUCCAGCGGUCAUGAAGACGUAUAUUGCUAGGAAAAGCCAAGAAGCCAAACUAACAAAGUCGAGACUUCCCGAGUUUACAGACGCCGAGAAAGCACGAAAUAAAGGUUCUUGUGAUUUCCUUGGAUUGAACCACUACACCACGAGGUUAGUCGAACACCACGACAAUGGAAUCAGCAACCCAGGCUAUGAAGGCGACUCUGACACGAAACAAUCUCGUGAUCCAGCAUGGCCGGGAUCUGCGAGCUCCUUUCUGUCGAUCUACCCACCCGGGAUGCGUGAAAUGCUCAAGUGGAUUAAGAAAACCUACAACAACCCUACAGUGAUCGUCACGGAGAAUGGGGUCAGUGACGACACGGGGACCCUGGAGGAUCAACCCAGAAUUGACUAUCUCAAGGCGUACAUAAACGAGGCCAUAAAAGCUAUAAAACUCGAUGGUUGUAAUGUUGUUGGCUAUACCGUCUGGUCCAUCUUGGACAAUUUUGAAUGGCGUAGUGGUUUCACAGAAAAGUUUGGACUCAACUACGUAAAUUUCUCCGACCCAAACCGACCACGAAUUCCUAAGAAGUCUGCUUUAUUCUACAAAAAUGUUAUCUCAAAUCGAGGCUUUCCUAAACCAGCAUCUGGAGGCACGAUAGUUGUGGGCUCAAGCUGGUGUGCCUCUUUGCUCUUCUUAAUAGUGUGUUGUUUUUAGUUACAAGGUCUAAUAGAGGUCACAUGCCCAUCGGGCGUUAACAACAAAGCAUUUUUUAUUUCGUGAUAAGCAAUAAUUCAGAAACAUUCCCAAUAAGUAUUUGUUGGAAGUCGACAAAAUUGUAGGGUUGCCUACUGAUAGAAUAAUUAACAAUAAAGCUAAUUCACAUUCCUAUUGUGUGGCCUCGCAUUAUCCAUGCCCAUCAUGUAACAGGGCUAUUUUUCCGAGAUCUCACGUGAGUUCACGGUUAGCAUUCACGAGUUGCGGAGUAGCAUAUGCGCAGUGGAAUGCGAAAAACCUCUAUUAUAACUCAGUCUGUUAUAAAACAGAAUGAAAUACAUUAUUGUACAGUUUUCGUUUAAAAAAGGUAAUUUAAAAGAUAAUAAUAAAACGUAAUCUUUUACGAUUAAAUUAUUUACACGUCGUAUUUACAAAUACCAAAACUAUUUUCAAAUUCUGGUUAAAAAUUGACUGAUAAUCCAUUUAUAUUCAUAGUAAUUAGUGAAUACUAGAAAUGUAUGUGGCUGUUUUCUUGCUUUCUAAUAGGUACAUGUAUAUAGAAUGCAAAUAAAAUAUAUUAACAGGG